AUUUCUGCAUUGACGAUGAGGAUGCGUCAAGAAAGACUCGAUUUGUGGAUUUAUUUUGCUUUGAUUCUUUGUAUUUACGGCUCGUCUGCGUCUCAGUUGUCCUACUCCAUUUAUGAGGAGGCAAACAAAGGCUUCGUGGUGGGGAACAUUGCCAAGGAUUUACACCUCAACGUGAAUGAGCUGGACACCAGAGAUCUACGUAUACUUUCCAGCUACAGUAAAGAGCAUUUUAAUGUCAAUUUGCAGACCGGUAAUCUAUUUGUAAAUGAAAGAAUUGACAGGGAGGAGCUCUGUCCGAAUGUGGCAAAAUGUUCUUUGAGGAUACAAGCCGUGUUAAACAAUCCGAUGAUGGCAUAUCGGAUUGAGAUCAAUGUUUUGGAUAUAAACGACAAUUCACCUGCUUUUAUAGAAAAUGCGUACUCCUUGGAUAUUUUUGAAUCAGCUCUACCAGGAGAGCGGUACCUCCUUCCUGUUGCUGUGGACGCAGACAUUGGAAGUAACUCAGUGAGGAGCUAUAAGCUCAGCAAUAAUGAACAUUUUACUUUGGAUGUGCAGAGUGGAGGAGAGCACGGCUUGUCUGCGGAACUAGUGCUGCAAAAACCUUUAGAUCGAGAGAAACAAUCGCAUAUUACACUCAUGCUGACAGCUAUUGAUGGAGGUAAACCUCCAAAAUCAGGCUCGAUGCAAAUACGAGUAAAUGUGCUCGAUGUCAACGACAACGUGCCCACGUUUAGCAAGUCUCUGUAUAAAGUGCGUCUGAGUGAAAAUGCCGCAGAGGGGUCAAUUGUGAUUAAAUUAAAUGCAACGGAUUUAGAUGAAGGUAUAAACAGUAAAAUAACGUAUUCCUUUGUGAAACGAGGCCAAAAUAAUCCUUCAAAUAUUUUCAGUCUUAAUGCUGAAACAGGAGAAAUCACAGUGAAAGGUACUUUAGAUUAUGAAACGACUCCUGCUUACGAAGUCAGGAUUCAAGCAAUGGAUCAAGGCCCCGUUCCUCGUAGUGCGCAUGCAAAACUACUCAUAGAGUUAAUUGAUAUGAAUGACAAUGCCCCGGAGAUAACGGUGACUUCACUGAUGACCCCGGUAAAGGAAAAUGCAGAAUUGGGGACAAUUGUUGCUUUGGUUACAGUGAGUGAUAAGGAUGGUGGCAACAACGGUGUAACCAGCUGUAAGGUAGUUGGCUCUGUUCUGUUUAAACUAAAUUCUAAUUAUAAAAAUGAUUAUUCUUUAGUAGUGGAUGGGGUAUUAGACAGAGAGAGCACUUCCUUUUAUAAUGUAUCUAUUCUGGCCACAGAUGAAGGAAGUCCCCCUCUGGCCACAUCACGAACAAUUACUGUUCAGGUAUCCGAUGUUAAUGAUAAUGCACCACGUUUUAUGGAGCCUAUAGUUAAUGUUUAUGUCAAAGAAAAUAGUCCAACAGGAUCUUCCCUUUGUUCCAUAAAUGCAAUUGAUCCUGAUUUGGAUUCUAAUGCAAAAGUGUCGUACACAUUAUUAGUAGGUUAUCCGCAAAAUGCUCCAAUUUCAUCACUUCUAAACAUUAACUCAGAAAGUGGACAAAUAGUAAGUUUGCAAUCUUUUGAUUAUGAAAAUUUAAAGACGUUUCAGUUUGUGGUUCAGGCCACAGACUCUGGUGUACCUCCACUCAGCAGCAACGUGACGAUCAACAUUUUCAUCCUGGAUGAGAAUGACAAUAGUCCAACCAUUCUGGCACCCUAUUCCGAGGUCAGCUCCGUUAAUAGUGAGAGCAUCCCCUAUUCUGCUGAAGCAGGAUAUUUUGUGGCAAAGAUCAGAGCAGUAGAUGCAGACUCUGGAUACAAUGCACUGCUUUCCUAUCACUUGUCUGAACCUAAAGGCAACAACAACCUCUUCCGAAUCGGAACCAGCACCGGGGAGAUUCGGACAAAGAGAAGAAUGAGUGACAAUGACCUGAAAAGUCACCCCUUGGUGGUGUUGGUGUGUGAUAACGGAGAACCCUCCCUGUCAGCUACUGUGUCUAUUGAUGUGGUGGUGCUUGAAAGCCCGGCUGACACCCACACCCAGUUUAGACAUGUGCCCAUAAAGGAGGAAAGUUUCUCUGAUUUACACUUGUAUCUGCUCAUUGCCAUUGUGGCCGUCUCACUCAUCUUCCUUCUCAGCCUUAUUACUUUAAUAGCCUUCAAAUGCCACAGACAGGCAGAUGGAACUUUCGACAGGUACGGUGCACCAAUGAUCACCACCCACCCCGAUGGGAGCUGGUCUUACUCCAAAGCUACUCAGCAGUACGACAUUUGUUUCAGUUCUGACACACUCAAGAGUGACAUGGUGGUUUUUCCCUCGCCAUUCCCACCUGUAGAGGCAGAACUUAUCAGUAUUAAUGGAGGAGACACCUUUACCAGGACUCAGACUUUGCCUAACACUGAGAAGGUAGGCUUAAAAUAUUACUGA